AUGUGUGUAUCGAUCUGCAUUGGAGAAGGUCUCCCUCCCCCACCAGCCUGGAGCCGACGACUCCACGGCCCCAGUGUGAAGGUCUCGGCGAUGGAGACAGAAGACUGUGUUGAUGCAGAUGAGGCAUUGGAAAUCCAUGGAGAGGAUUCAAGUACAGCAGUUGGCAGUAUCAGCAGUAGUAAGAUGAAGACAGGAUGCAUCUGGUCCCUUGUUGAGACGGGCAGUAUCAGAAAAAACUACUUCUCAACAGCAUCAGCCCGGAGAAUUGGUGCCACCACUAGCACCUCCAUCGCGACGAGCAGUUUCGGCGAGAGAGACGACGCCUGUUGGGUUAAACCAUGCCGUGGGAGGAGUUUGAAAACGAGGCUGUCAUGUCUGUUACAUUCCGACCUCCUCACUACAUGCAUAGCAAUCGAUGAGAUCGCGUUCCCCUCCAGAGCGGAGGUGUUGACAGUUGAGGAGACAACACCGUUUUCUUCAAUUGUGAGAGCGUCGGUGAAGAUGAAGUUGACCAUGAGAAGGAGGGAAGUUAUGGUGAGGAAAAGAUGGUUUGUUAAUGAACAGGAGGGGUUCGCCGUGGUCCACUUGAGGAGUAUAAUUGAUAAGGUUGGAGUUGACUCGCGCACACCACAGAUGAAUCUGGAGGAUAUUAUUAUUUUGCUGCUACCAAUGAGUGAAAAUGUGACAUUCAUGACGAGGGUUAUGGAGUUUGAUCCGGAUACAAAUUUGAUUGGUUUUAAGUUGUUGGAGAUGACCGCCGCACGAUUUGGUCUGAUUCAAUUGGGUGAUUUCGAGGCAAUGUUGUCGUCGCCGGAGACAGUUAAAGGGCUAGAGCCUUUGCCGAAGCCUCUGUGA